AUGGAGCAGGAGGCGCUGCAGGCGUUCAUGGACAAGACGUCCGGGAAGCUCGAGGACGCGGUGGGCCUGAUGAAGGAGGCGGCUGUCACGCGCACAGUGGACAGCGCGCUCCUGACGGGGGCGCUCCGGCUGCUGGAGGACGAGGGCGGCUGCAGCAGGCCGCCCGCGGAGGUGCGGGACGCGAUGCAGGGGCGGUGGACGGUCCUGUGGUCAGAUAUAGUUCCCUUCGACUUCCUCAAAUACAUUCCAGUGGAUGAAACGCUCACGCUCGAGAAGGGCCGCAUCGAGCUCAAGGGCUUUGCCGGGCCGCUGAUCAACACCUUCGGGGGGGAGUACGAGUUCCGAACGGACCUCAACGGCUUCGACUUCACCAUGCCGGAGGUGAAGGUGGAGCUGUUCGGCCGCGCGGUCGUCGACAAGACGCGCGACCAGGACAUGCGGAACUACCAGAUCCUGUACCUCGACGACGCCACCAUGGCGGUGCGCACGUCCGCGGGGGGGUAUACGUUGCUGUGUCGGCCCUGA